CCUCCAGCCAGCAUGCCCCUCCCCCUCCGGAGCCGCAGCCCAGCCCCUCCCCCGCUCUGUGCGCCAGGCUGCUGCGUCUCGUCUGGCGUCUACUGAGGAGCAGCUGCCACUGCGCGCGGCCGCUGCAGCCCCAUCCGGACCCGGUGCUGGCGCGGGGCAGGGGCUCCCAGCCUGCUCUGCUCCUGGGUUAGGGUCUCCACGGCCCCUGCUGCCCCGGAGACACCCAGGUGCCGAGCGGCUGCGCACUUGGGGUGGCAGCAUGGACUGCCUCUUCCCCACCCCGCCCUGGGGCGUCUACGGCAGCGCCUUGCAGGACAACCUCUCCAGCCCCAACCACAGCCUGCUGCCGGCCGACCUGCUGCUCAACGUCAGCCACGGCGCCUUCCUGCCCCUCGGGCUCAAGGUCACCAUCGUGGGGCUCUACCUGGCCGUGUGCGUCGGGGGGCUGCUGGGGAACUGCCUGGUCAUGUAUGUCAUCCUCAGACACACCAAGAUGAAGACGGCUACCAACAUCUACAUCUUUAACCUGGCCCUGGCGGACACCUUGGUCCUGCUGACGCUGCCCUUCCAGGGCACCGACGUGCUCCUGGGCUUCUGGCCGUUCGGGAACGCCCUGUGCAAGGUCGUCAUCGCCAUCGACUACUACAACAUGUUCACCAGCACCUUCACGCUGACCGCCAUGAGCGUGGACCGCUACGUCGCCAUCUGCCACCCCAUCCGCGCCCUGGACGUCCGGACGUCCAGCAAGGCCCAGGCCGUCAACGUGGCCAUCUGGGCCCUGGCCUCCGUCGUCGGCGUCCCCGUGGCCAUCAUGGGCUCCGCGCAGGUGGAGGACGAAGAGAUCGAGUGCCUGGUGGAGAUCCCCGCCCCGCAGGACUACUGGGGCCCGCUGUUCGCCGUGUGCAUCUUCCUCUUCUCCUUCGUCAUCCCGGUGCUGAUCAUCUCCGUCUGCUACAGCCUCAUGAUCCGGCGGCUGCGCGGCGUCCGCCUGCUCUCGGGCUCCCGGGAGAAGGACCGGAACCUGCGCCGCAUCACGCGGCUGGUGCUGGUGGUGGUGGCCGUGUUCGUGGGCUGCUGGACGCCCGUCCAGGUCUUCGUGCUGGCCCAGGGGCUGGGCGUCCAGCCGGGCAGCGAGGCGGCGGUGGCCGUGCUGCGCUUCUGCACCGCCCUGGGCUACGUCAACAGCUGCCUGAACCCCGUCCUCUACGCCUUCCUGGACGAGAACUUCAAGGCCUGCUUCCGCAGGUUCUGCUGCGCCUCCGCCCUGCGCCGGGAGGGGCCGGUGUCUGACCGCGUGCGCAGCAUCGCCAAGGACGUGGCCCUCGCCUGCAAGACCUCCGAGACCGUGCCGCGGCCCGCAUGACUAGGCGUGGACCUGCCCAUGGUGCCCGUCAGCCCGCAGAGCCCGUCCACGCCCAACACGGAGCUCACCCAGGUCACCGCGCUCUAGGCUGACGCGUGCCCCGAGCCCCGAGUGCCGCCAGCCGCCGGGAGCUCCCCUGGGCCCGGAGGGCCUGAUGACAUCAUGGGACAGGUCAGAGCAUGAAGGCCGCCCCGCACCCCGGCCGCCCCACACCUGUCCUCCUGGUGCCAGGUGGGGGAGGGGACGUGCAAGAACUCGCCGGCAGGGGAGCCCGGCCGGAGCUCAGCCACCGUACCCACGAGUCACGGGACUCCACGGCCUCCCAUCUGCCCGCCUGCCUGUUCCGGGGGGCACGCCUGUGGAGGCGUGACAGUGCGUGUUCAGCCUCGUGCCCCUGUGCCGUGUCAUGCCUGCCGGGAACCCG